CAUAGUCCCAUCCUCUCUCUCUCUCUUCUCUUUGUUUAGCUCCACAGCGACUCUCUCUCUCUCUCUUCUCCGGCGUCUCCGUUCUCCGGUAACUUUUCUGAAGAGGGAGAGAGAAAACUCUAAAACCGUUCGAUUCUUCAGCUCGACGAUUUUUUUAAAAAAAUAUCUUAAGCUUUCCUUAUUGGGUGUUUGAGGAUUCUGGAGUGGUUCUCAUAUAUGAUAUAAUGUGGGUUUGAUUAGCUUCUCUACACUUCUCUCGCCUCAUGGAUUCUUCUCACGAUGGACCUGCAGGUGACUCAUCGAAAUGCAAUGAAAUGAGUGUUGAUGAGAAGAGACAGCUUGUUUAUGAACUGUCGAAGCAAACACAUCUAGCUUCUGAAGUCUUGCAGGCAUGGAGCCGCCAAGAGAUUCUCCAAAUCUUAUGCGCAGAAAUGGGAAAAGAAAGGAAAUAUACUGGCUUGACCAAAGUGAAGAUCAUCGAGACCCUUUUAAAAAUUGUAUCCGAGAAAAACUCUGGAGAGAAUGAAGGGAAGAAGAGAGAUUCUGAUUGUUUGCCUACUCAGAGAAACACAAAGAGACAAAGAAAGGUUGAUAAUCCUUCUCGGUAUGUGAUUCCAGCAAGCAACAAUGUAACAAGCAACAAUGCCUCAGGGAGCUGCAGCUCGGUGAAUACUAAAGGUGAGAGUACUAUCUACUGCAACAAUUUGGCUUGCCGUGCUGUAUUGAGACAGGAAGACUCGUUUUGCAGAAGGUGUUCCUGUUGCAUCUGUCGUAAGUAUGAUGAUAACAAAGAUCCUAGUCUCUGGUUAACAUGUAGCUCAGAUCCUCCAUUUGAGGCUGAGUCUUGUGGAUUCUCAUGCCAUCUCGAAUGUGCUUUCAAAACUGAAAAAUCUGGUCUUGCAAAAGACAAGCAAAGUGAGGGAUGCUGCUUCUAUUGUGUCUCUUGCGGUAAAACGAACAGUUUGCUUGAAUGUUGGAAGAAGCAAUUGACGAUUGCUAAAGAAACCAGAAGGGUAGAUGUACUUUGUUACCGUCUUUUCUUAGUCCAGAAACUUUUGAAGGGCUCAACUAGAUACAAAAAUCUGUGUGAGGCAGUGGAUGAAGCUGUCAAGAGUCUUGAAGCUGAUGUGGGUCCUCUUACUGGUCUCCCUAUGAAAAUGGGUAGAGGAAUUGUUAACAGACUUCAGUCGGGUCCUGAUGUACAGAAACUUUGCUCUACUGCUCUUGAAUCUCUUGAAACUGUAAAACCUACAAAUCCUGAAGUUGCUGCGUUGCCUUCACUUCACAGCUCCAAGAUGCAGCAAGAUUGUUCUUAUGUAUUGAGCAAUGAGAUAUCUGCAGAUACAGCAACCACAGGAUCAACCAAGAUCAGGUUUGAGGAUGUAAACGCGACUUCACUCACAGUGGUUCUCGCCUCUAACAAUAUUCCCUCACCUCCAAACAUCGUCCAUUACAGUAUUUGGCAUCGUAAGGUACCGGAAAAAGAUUACCCGGAGAAAUCGACUUGCACAUUGUUUACUCCAAACACAAGAUUUGUCGUCUCUGGAUUAGCUCCAGCUUCUGAGUAUUGCUUCAAAGUUGUGUCCUAUAGCGGAACUAGAGAAAUGGGCGUCGAUGAAAUAAAUGUUUUGACACGUAGCGCUGAAGAAGGAGCGAAUUGCUCUUCCGCAGUUGAAAGAAGCGAAAGCCCUCUCACAAAUUGCAGCACGCUGUCUUCUAAUCCUUCUUCUGUUGAAGCAGAGUCCAACAAUGAUUACAUUGUCCCGAAGAGGCCAUUAAAGAACGACGACAACAAUUCUCCUUCAGUCGAUGAAAGUCCUGCGAAAAGGGAGAAGAGGACAACGGAAUCAGACAUUGUACAGAUUGAGAACAGUAACGUUGAGCAGAUUGUGUUGUUGGAGGAGGAAGAGCAAGAAGCUGUUCUGGAUAAGAACGGAGCAGGCUCUGGAUCCGAAACCCCAGUCCUGGCUACUACAACGAAUCUUGUUAGUAACAGAAACAAUUCAGAUGCGAGUUUGCCAAUCACUCCCUUCAGGUCAGACGAAAUCAAGAACCGUCAAGCUAGAAACGAAAAACCUGUAAACUUUAACAACGGGGAUCAUUCAGCGAACGGAGGAUCAGAGAGCGGACUAGAGCAUUGUGUGAAGGUUAUAAGACAGCUCGAGUGUUCAGGACACAUCGACAAGAACUUCAGGCAGAAGUUUUUGACUUGGUACAGUCUAAGAGCGACGUCACAAGAGAUUAGAGUUGUGAAGAUAUUCAUCGAGACGUUCAUUGAUGAUCCCAUGGCUUUAGCUGAGCAGCUCACUGAUACAUUCGAGGAUCGUGUUUCGAUCAAGCGCUCAGGGAACGGUGCUAGCGGCGGUGCGUCUGCGGUUGUUCCAUCUGGAUUCUGUAUGAAGCUGUGGCAUUAGAGGAACGGGGUCUCUCUCUCAUAUAUGGGUUUAAAAAUCGUUCUUUUAUUUUAGUAGCUUCUUUCUUGUCAUUUUCAAAACUUUAUUCUAAUUAUUGGGAAAUUUGCAUUAUUGGAACAUUUCCAUGCAAGAACAGUACUCUACUGUUGCUAUCGAAUAGUUUUUUUUUGUUUUGUCGGGGAUUAUCUAUAUUUUAAUGGAUUUGAUUCCAUUUAUAAUU